GCGGUCGAGGCCGACCAAUCUAUGUCGCCAGAAGCGUUCGCGACAAUGCUUUGGAAGAUGAAGACGAAGUGGCCGCCGCGUGGCCAGCUCAUCGUCGAGAUGAACACCCAUCGCGAGUCGCGCGCAGCGUGGUUACCCAAGCAAAUGGGACCUGACGACGGCCCGAUCGAUGUCACACCGUAUAUCGCUCCGGGAGACAACAUCAUUCGUUUUGUACAACUGAGUGGCCAAGCGGACCGGCUUUUCGUUCUCUACGUUGGAAGACCAGAUGGUGAACGGGCGAACAGCCCCGCGACUAAUGGCUGGGAUAGCUGGCUCAGCUCUCUUGGACUUCAGUCGUAGCUCGCCGCAGAUUGGGCUUGUGCAUAUCCUCGCAUUGAACAUCGCAUUCACGCAUAUAAUUUAUGCUCCGCGCACUCUCGACAUGUAUCUUUUUAUCGCCCUCUCGGUUAUUGCAUUGCAUGUGUUGACUUUCUACCUUCAAUUUGACACUCGCUUCCUCAACUCGCUUA